AUGGCACCGAUUGCAAAGCUUAACGAUGUCGUUGAUGUCGUCACUCUGAAGAAGUCUAUCGGCACAAAUUCGAACAUUCAAGAGUCAGGAGAGAGAGUUCGCCUUGCCGCAAGGUCGGGAACAUAUACCAAACAAACCUCUGGUGCAGCACCCACUUACGUCCAGGCAAAUCUCAUAGUCCUCCCGUCGAGAUACGCCGACGAUUUCCGCCUUCUCUGCCGAAGAAAUCCAGUCCCUUGCCCGCUAUUAGCGGAAUCCGAAGGAAUUGGGAAAUGGAAUCAGCUCAAAUCCUGGAUCGAGGGGUUGACAGGCGACGAAAUGGCAAAGAAUGUGGAUCUUCGCCAUGACUUCCCCAAAUACAUGGUCUAUCAAGACGGUGUAUUGACAAAAUCGCAUUGCCUCAAUGUCGAGGCCGAAUGGACUGAAGAUCAUGUCGCUUUCUUGAUCGGUUGCUCAUACAGUUUCGAGUCAGCACUCGUGGCCGCAGGGUUGGUCCCUGCACACAUGGUUCAUGGAAGGAAUGUCCCCAUGUAUCGAACAAGCAUUCCAUUGGCACCAGCGGGGGCAUUCAGAUACUCCACAUAUGUGGUAUCAAUGAGACCAUAUCGAAGAAAGGACAUUGAUCGAGUACGGGAUAUUACUCGUCCAUAUGUGGCUACUCACGGAGAGCCGAUUGACUGGGGUUGGGAUGCUGUGACUCGACUGGGAAUUAAAGAUAUUUGCCGGCCAGAGUAUGGAGAGACUCCUGUUACCGCGGACGGGUCUCCAUUUGCUGGAAGCCUUGGGACUGGAGAUGAAGAAAUUGUGCCGGUAUUCUGGGGAUGUGGAGUAACUCCUCAAGAAGCAGUCCGGAGAGCUGGCCUCAAAGGUACGGUUAUCGGUCAUGCUCCCGGGUAUAUGCUUGUUUUGGACGCAAGAGACUGGAACAUCAUCCUGAAGUCCUGA